AUGUGGAGCCCUGCCGAUGCGCUGAUAUGCCUGGCGUACCUUGCCGUCAAUGUUCUAUUCAUCGUGUUCGGUGGGCUCUCAGCCGUAUCAGCUGGUCGCCGUGCCGGUGCCCUUUCCCUGAUGAAUAUGGGCCUGCUCUAUCUGAGCCCGAGCCUUAGUCUUUUCGCAUACAUCCUGGGCCUGUCUAUCAAAAUUUCAACGCGCAUGCACCUUUUGGCUGGCUGGAUGACAGGCAUGCUCCUUGCUGUCCACGUGGCAGCGACGCUGCUUUCUCGGCCGCAGGGGUGGAGUGUCCAGGAAGAGCCCCAUCUCCACGGUCUGAUUGGGGCGAUCGCCUUGGCUGUGAUCCUGUCAUUGACACCUUCCGUGAUCCGUCGACGAUUCUACGAACCUAUUUGCUGCCCCGGCUGUAUCUGUAUAUUCCGCUCGUCGCUGGUUCAGUCUCGCUGUGCGCGCAUCUCAUCCGGUUGGUGUACGCAAAUGGCAUCUUCCCCCCCGCGGCUGUCUGAUGCUGUGGUCACAUGCGACCCUUCCGCCUGGGACACGCCACGGUCUCACGCGGGAAUGCCGCUGAUUAUCCGCAUCACUUUGCCAAAACCGUUGAAAGUGGAUGCGGGCCAGUACGUCAGCCUGUGGCUCCCCACUGCGAGCCUCCUCUCAUGGUCGCAGACACACCCCUUCAUGGUGACGUCGUGGUCUCCGGAGCGACAGGAGGUGCUAGAGCUACUGGUUCAAUCCCGGGAGGGUCUCACAUCGACCCUGCGGGCUCGCGUAGCUUUGGGUGGACGGGUCUCACUACCGGCGCUGAUCGAUGGGCCUUACGGAAUGUCCCGGACGGUUGACGGAUUCCAGUCCGUCUUGGUGAUAGCCACGAAUUUCGGUAUCGCUGGCGUCAUUUCGUACAUGACGAAGCUGGUCUACGGGUUCAAUACCUGCAAAUUGCAGGUCCGUCGACUACGCCGACUCCGCUUGGUGUGGGAGGUACAAGACCUUGAUAUUGCAAUCGCCGCACAACCAUUCCUGAACAGUCUAUUGAAUGAUGACAUCCAGGACGAUGGCUAUAUCAUCGAUAUCUCCUUCUACAUGCCGCCGGGGCGGAAUCCAGAGCGAUUCGGUCGUCACCGCCGAGUGACGGUCCUCAGUAGCAGACCUAACUAUAACGAAAUCAUCGCGGCCGAAGCCACGGGUCAAUGUAUCAGAAGGGUGGAAGGGAUUUAUGAGGAGCGUGGCAAGACACUGGUGAUUGCGUCGGUUUCGCCUGACGUCCGAAACACCGUGCGACGGGCAGUUAGGGUGUAUCUCGACCGACAAGUCCAGCUGUACGAGACGGAGUAUCAGCCGAACUAG